AUGUAUGUGUAUUGGCCGAACAUUGAUGAUCAUGUUUCGGCUUUAGUGCGAUCUUGUUCUGAAUGUGCGUCCGUGGCCAAAACCGAUACUAAAACGAAACUCGAAUCGUGGCCUAUCCCUGAAAAACCUUGGCAAAGAGUGCAUUUGGAUUUUGCGGGACCAAUCAAUGGAACAUAUUAUCUCCUGUUGAUAGAUUCAUUGUCGAAGUGGCCAGAAGUGAUCUCCACGAACCGAAUCACUACGACAGCCACUAUUGCUAUUCUGCGUCAGAUUUUCAGCCGAUUCGGUAUGCCUGAGGUUCUAGUGUCCGAUAAUGGAACCCAACUAACAAGUGAUGCGUUUGAGAGAUUUUGCGAAGCAAAUGGGAUCAUGCAUCUAAAAACGGCACCUUUCCAUCCCCAAAGUAAUGGGCACGUGGAACGGUUCGUAGACACAUUCAAGCGGACCAUGAAGAAAAUCCAAGCCGGUGGAGAACCACUAGAAGAAGCGCUUGAUACAUUUUUACUUUGCUAUAGAUCCACACCAUGUCGAAAUACUCCAGGGGGGAAAUCUCCCGCCGAAGUGCUUUUGGGCAAACCACUGCGGACGUCGUUUGAACUUCUUCGUCCGCCAAGCAGAUUCUUCAAGGAUAACAAUCUGAAACAAAAUAAACAGUUCGAUGCUAAACAUGGAGCAAAAAGCAAAUCUUUUGAUGUGAAGAGUAAGGUGUACGCCCAAGUGCACUCUGGAAACAAAUGCAACUGGAUUCCUGGAGAAAUUGUCGAACGAGUCGGCAGAGUAAUGUACAAUGUGUGGCUUCCGGAACUGCAACGGCUAAUUCGCUCACAUAGUAACCAGCUACGGACACGGUAUGGAGAUGAAACGAGUGACUCGCGAGAAGCAGAACCGGUCGUUCCACUGGACAUUCUUCUUGGUGCCUGGGGGAUCAGUCCUACUAAGCCAAGUGAUACUACGAUCGAAGUUGGACCACCACCAGUUGCAGCUGAAGAAUUAAACGAACUACAGCGUGAAUUCUUAAGAGAGCUUAUGGGCCUGCAAGACGACAAUCCUCGACCUCGGUUACCAAAAAGGCAGCCUGUUUUAGAUCCAGAGUUACACCGCCGAUCGACACGCCAGCGUAGGGCCCCAGUUCGUUACGAGCCUUACCAAGUCUACUAA